AAUUUAACUCACGAGUUGGAGAGCAGGGAAAAACAACAGUUGCACAUGCUGAAUCAGCUCAGGGAGAUCCAAAAUCACUUUGAGACGAGCGAGGCUGAGCGCAAGCGAGCUGACCUCCAGAUCGCGGAGCUGACGCAGCACGCCGAGGAUGCCACCAAGCAGGCCAAACAGUACCUGGCUGAGCUGCGGCAGUCGGAGGCCCUGAGGGAGGAGGCUGAAAGACGCAGAGAAGACCUGAAGCUGAAAGCCCAGGAAUCCAUCAGGCAGUGGAAACUGAAGCAUAAGAAACUAGAGCGAGCAUUGGAGAAACAGUCUGAAACUCUUGAUGACUUGACAGAAAAGAACAAUCAGAUUUUAAAAGAAAAGGAGGAAUUGAAAAGCCAGCUUUAUACAGCCUUACAACAAACAAAGAAUCUGAGAAAGGAAAAGGAGUUGAAUGAUGUCAUAAGUAAGCGCAUCCUUCAAGAGGAGGAGCUUCACUCCAAGGAAAAGAAGUUAAAUGAUGUUGAAUCUCAUCAAGCUGAACUUGAACUAGAAGUCAAGAAUUCGCUAGAGAACAUCCAUAGAUUAGAAAGUGAAUUGAAAAAACACAGUAAGAUUCAAAGCCAGAUGAAAGCUGAGAAAGCCCACCUGGAGGAGGAAAUCACUGAGCUGAGGAAGAGCCAGGCUCAGGACAAGGCGAAACUCCUUGAGAUGCAAGAGUCCAUCAAGGACUUGAGUGCCAUUCGAGCAGAUCUUGCUAACAAAUUGGCUGAGGAAGAGCGAGCCAAGAGAGCGGUGCUUAAGGACCUUGCUGACCUCACCACACAGGCCAAGUGCAAGGAUGAAGAAACAGCUACGGUCAUCACACAGUUAAAGCUAGAACGAGAUGUUCACCAGAGGGAGCUGGAGGAUCUCACAGCCUCAUUGCAGAGCGUGAAAACGAAGCACGAACAAAAUAUCCAGGAGCUGAUGAAGCACUUUAAGAAAGAAAAGACCGAAGCGGAGCAUCACAUUAGGACGCUGAAGGCCGAAAGUGCAGAAGAUAAGAAUAUAGCUAAAGCCCAUCGUUGUCAGCUGGAGAAGUUGAAGUCACAGUGUGAGAAACUGACAGAGGAAUUAAGCCAGAAUGAAAAUGAGAAUAAGAAAUUGAAGCUAAAAUAUCAAUGUUUGAAGGAUCAACUAGAAGAGAAGGCAUUUAGAGGCAUGGUGGGAAAGAAAGGAAUGAUGUUUUAUGGAGGAAUUUAA